AUGUCAGGUUUUACUCCCUUCUAUUGUUGUUAUUUACUACAUUCAAUUAACAAGAAGCAGUCAUUUUAUAUUGGAUCAACACCAAAUCCUGAAAAACGGUUGCGACAACACAACGGAUCAUUAACUCAUGGCGGUGCAUAUAGAACCAAAAGACUUGGAACUCGACCCUGGGAAAUGGUCAUGUUUGUAUAUGGAUUUCCUAACAGAAUUGUUGCCUUGCAGUUUGAGCAUGCAUGGCAACAUGGAUAUCAAACUCAUUUCAUUGCUCCUGAAGAAAGAGUAAUUAAACAUAAGAAUGGUGGUAGAUCGCUUAAAUAUAGGUUAGGCGUCGUUCGAUUGUUAUUAAAGAACCAAUUUUUUCAAAGAUUGGAUCUAAAAGUACAAUUUUUUAAUAAAAAUGCUUUACAAUGUUGGAAGCAGAAUGAAUUUCAUAUUGAAACGCCAUUUCCGUUAGAAGCAGAUAUCUCUGAUGGAUCUUUGGAAGAUAUGAAAAUGACAACUACUCACACUGUAGAUGAUAUACUAGAUUAUGCUCAAGCAAAUUUAGAACUUGUAACUAAUUUCUAUAAACAAGAAAAAAACAAAUUUGAAACUGUUAUGAUUGCUUUCUGUGAUAGCUUAUCAAAUGGAUAUCUUAAAUGUGAUAUAUGUCAACAAGAAUUUGACUAUAUGGAUGAAGAUUCUACAUUAAAACCUUAUAUUGCAUUUUGUCUUAAUUAUACAACUUGUAAUAGUCAUUUUCAUCUUGAAUGUUUAUAUAAGAAAUAUAUAUCAGAGGAAGAAAAUGUAACAGAGUCUAAAAUUAUUCCCACGGGUGGUGAAUGUCCAAUUUGUCAUGUAUCGAUGAAAUGGACAGAUAUUGUGAAAUAUUCCUGUGGAAUAAAAUGUAAAUAUGGUGAAUGA